AACGUGCAAAAGUUACGACUUUAAAAUGCUGCUCCAAAAGUUUGAAUAAAUUCGUAUUUUUUAAGUGAAAACUAGUUAAAAACCCAUCAAAAUGAACCACAUUCGGUCACUCGCCCUAGGAACCGGCCUCGUCCGUCAUUACACAUCCGCCGCACGCCGAAGUGUCCUCCGCCAGGAUCGCACCAAAAUUCCAACCCACCAGUAUCCGAUUGCCCGACCCUCGGACGCUCGGGUGUACGUGUGGGGUCUCGCGGCAACCGGUGCCCUCGGAGUGCAAACCUCGGUCAAGAAGCAAGCCCAGGUGCACACGGACGUGGUCCAACAUCCGAGCCGGUUGAGCUUCGCCGAGAAUCGGGAGUGUUUGGACGUGGCCGCCGGGUACGGGUUCUCGAGCUUUGCGACGGCCUGUCGUGGGGGUAAGAGUUUGUGGGGCACCGGGAUUAAUACGGACGCGCAGAUUGGGUUCCACAAGUUGGGCGGACAGCAGCGGAAACCGUUCGAACUGUUGAUCUACCCGGCACCGGUGGAUUUGGCCUCGGUCGCGGGGAAUAACAGUAAGGUGCAGAUUGUGCGGGUUGCGGCCGGGCGGGCACAUCAGCUGGCGUUGGGUGAGGACGGGACGGUCUAUGCGCUGGGGAACAAUUCGUAUGGGCAGUGCGGUCGGGAGAUAAUUAAGGACGAGGACUACUUCAAUCAAGCGACGAUCCAUCGGAUAAAGGAUCUGGGAGGUACGGACGAUCCGGUGAAGGAGGUCGAUUGCGGUCAGGAUCACAGCUUCUUUUUGACGCGCUCGGGACGGUUGUUCUCGUGCGGGUGGAGUGACGACGGUCAAACGGGACAGGGCCAGUUCGGAUUGGUCAGCACGCCGGGACUCGUCGAGGGAGACCUCAAGAAUGAAGUGGUGACCAAAGUUACUGGGUCUUCGGACACGGUACUAGCCCUAAAUGAUCGCGGCGAAGUGUUCGGCUGGGGCAACACCGAGUACGGCCAACUCCUCCCAGACGGCGACGAAACGCCCCAAAUCAACUCCCCCCGUCAUCUGACCUUCCUCCAGGGCUGCGGCCGCAUCGUAGACAUCGCCGCCGGUGGUUCCUACUGCCUGGCGCUCAACGAAGCCGGUGACGUGUUUGCCUGGGGUUACGGCAUCCUGGGCUUCGGACCGGAAGUGGUCCACCAGCCGCGACCUCGCCUCAUCCCGGCCACCCUCUUCGGCAGGAACGACUUCAACCCUGCUUCGCGUGUGCGGGCGAUUUACUGCGGCCUCACCCACAGCGGAGCGAUAACGGACGGGGAUGAUUUGUACAUGUGGGGCCACAAUCGGCACGGGUGUCUCGGGUUUGGCGACCGGAAGGAUCAGUUCUUUCCGCUGAAGGUGGCCGUCAGUGCGCGCGUGAUGAAGAUUAGCUGCGGCGUGGAUCAUACGCUGGCGCUGUGUCGAGCGUUUGUCUAGUAAGGAUUGGUGUGAGGUGAGUUUGUGGCUUUGAAAGGCUUUGAAGUGUGUACAAUAAUUACAAGUACUAAUAGUGAUAAAUUAAAUAAUUUAAUACCAAAA